CUUGUAGGUGACCCUAAGGCGAUGGGAAAUUUUGGCAGCUGCCAUGCCCAGUCGGGUGAGCAGUCGUGCACCCAGCGAGUGCGCAGGAAGUGGCUUGUACAGGCGUUGGUUGUGAUCAACUUGACCGCAGCGACUUCAGCGAAGCUUGGAGGUGCAUGGGCGUUGCCAAGCACCACUUCAUCUUCCCCAUCGAGCCAUUCAUCCUCACGAUUCAGGCUUACAGGCUAUCGGCGGAAAGCUGGUCCAACUCCGGUCUUGGUGAGCUCCCAAAGGCAGUCACCUGGUCAGCCAAUGCCUGAUGCUAUGCCUGUGGCUCUCGGACGAAAGGUCUGGAGCACUGCCGAUGCUUUUUUGGAGCUAUUGGUGUACACCACUCUCUGGAUGUCUUUCAGCCUUGCCAGUCUUGUGCCCUUUGUGCAGUUGGAAUGCGGGAUGAAGAUCGAUGGGCGACCCUUCUGGGCAGCUGCUUCGGAAAGCAUAGCAGUCUACACGUUAGACCAUUUGCGCGACAUCAGCAAAGCAACCAAAAGCACAGGAGAGCACAAGAUGAUUUUUCGACAAGGCUGUUUUCAUCGCCGGCUCUUUUUGCUGCGAGCCCUGCUGGCUGUGUCAAUCUUGGCACUGGCAAGUAGCCUGCUAGCAGCUCGCUCGUGGAUCGUGUCUUUGACUUUCAUAGGCCAUGUUCUGCUUUGCGCUGCCUACGCCAAACUAAAGCCUCGAAUGCCCUAUUGCAAGGCUUUCUACGUGUCAAUUUGCGUCGUCUUCAUGGCGGUUGCUGCACCCUGCGCGUAUGCACCGACGCUGCUGAGUUCCCUGGGUGGUGCCACAUUUUGGCAACUGCUUUUGCUGAUCUUUUCAGUGGCGUUGACGGUGGAGCAGCUUCAAGACAUUCGAGACGUUGAUGAAGAUCUUGAGGCCCAGGUGGUAACAUUGGCUUCUGGCCUGGGCCAACGGAGGGCAAGGCAGCUACUACUGCUGUUCCAAGCAGCCAGCCUAUCUUUGCAUAUCCUCAUUAUGCAACGGGCUCAUUUGCCACUGCGGCCACAUUUCCUUGCCGUUCAUGUGGCUUGCGGCCUUUGCUCGAUGGGAUUCACCAGCGAAACGCCACGCAGCCUCUUCCAGGUCUUGCUUGAGCCAUUGUACGCGCUUCCCCUCCUAGCAACAGUGCUGCGUGCCUCAACAGGCUUUUCGCUGUAAGGUUCCGGGAACUGCUGAGGACAUAGUGCCCUGAAUUUUUAGCCAAGCCCCGCAAUCCGCCCUCUUUUACACCUGUUUGCUU